CUUGACGUCCUCCGAAGCGUGUCUACGCCACCCAAGCUCUGAGAGGCGCAACGACUUCAGCCUCGCCGCCCCCCAGACAGUGGGGCGGGGAAAGGGGGCGGAGAGAGGGAGAGAGAAAGGGAGAAAAACAACCUCGCGGCGCGGGACGGCGAGAGAGGUUUGGGGAAGGGGAGGGGGAGGGAGCCGAAGACCCUCGUGGGUUGUGAAAACCUCCCACGCCUGGCCCUUUAAAUUUCCCGUGGGGGGGGGCAGGCCUCGGAGAAGAUGGCGGCGCUUUGAGAGGCGAGAUGGAACCGCCUGCUCUCGCCGUCGCGGCGGUGGUCUUGCGGCUUGAAGCCUCUUCGGGCAGGACUGGAUAGACGAGCCGGGAGGCUCUUUCUGACCACUAACCGAGACCCCCGGACCCUUUCAAGCAGGCUUAUUGCCACGGUCUAUCGUCUCCCUCCCGCUUUCAACUCUGGUUGACAUUCAGUGACAGCCUCGGCACACGCCCCUUUCUGGAGUUCCUGACUGGUGGGACUGUCAAUCCCAACCUUCUCCCCCCUCCCCCCCGACCCGUUUUCUUCCUCUUGAACAGACCCCCGUUUGGUAACUCCCGAAGACCUGUUUUUGUGGGUUCCUGGCUCCCGUCCUCCAGCCCCGCAUCUCAUUUCUUCUAACUUCCCUGGACUUCCCAUCUCUCUCUCUCUCUCCCUCUCUCUCCUUGGCCACCAUGCCUUGGCCCUUCUCUGAGUCGAUCAAAAAAAGGGCCUGCAGGUAUCUGCUGCAGAGGUACCUGGGCCACUUUCUCCAGGAGAAGCUCAGCUUGGAGCAGCUCACGCUGGAUCUUUACCAAGGCACAGGCUGCUUGGCACAGGUGCCUCUAGACAAAUGGAGCCUGAAUGAGAUUCUGGAAUCGGCAGAUGCUCCGUUGGAAGUUACUGAAGGAUUUAUUCAGUCAAUAUCUCUGUCCAUUCCUUGGGGCUCUUUGCUUCAAGAUAACUGUGCACUUGAAGUAAAGGGCUUAGAGAUGGUCUUCAAACCAAGGCCAUGUCUAGCUUCUAGUUCAGAACCAAUGUAUUGGUCAAGCUUUAUGACGAGUAGCAUGCAGCUUGCAAAGGAAUGUCUUAGUCAAAAACUGACAGAUGAACAAGGAGAAGGGUCCCAGCCUUUUGAAGGACUUGAGAAAUUUGCUGAAACAAUUGAAACAGUUUUAAGAAGAGUGAAAAUCAAUUUUUUAGACACUGUUCUGAGAAUUGAACAUGUGCCAGAUAAUUCUAAAAGUGGAACAGCACUGGAAAUUCAUAUUGAGAAAACGGUGUACUGUGAUGAAACUGCUGAUGAAUGUUCUGGAAAUGUGCAUCAGCCCACAGCUUUUGCUCACAAAUUAUUACAGCUCUCAGGUGUCUCUUUUUUCUGGGAUGAAUUUCCGGCAUCAGCAAAAUCCUCUCCAGUCUGUUCCACUACACAGUUGUUAACAGAACCAAAGCUUUCACCUAGCUGGAAUCCAAAAAUUAUGUACGAGCCACACCCUCAACUACCACGAAACCUACCUGAAGUUUCUCCCUCAGAUCCUGUGCAAAUAUGUAAGCUGAUUGGAAGGAUGGAACUGAGUCUUACAUUAAAACAAAAUGAAGUGCUUCCAGGAGCAAAGUUGGACGUAGAUGGACAGAUAGAUUCCAUACACCUGUUCCUGUCACCCAGACAGGUACAUCUUUUAUUGGAUAUGUUUGCAGCUAUUGCCAGACCAGAGAAUCCUGGCAGAAUAGAAUUAUCUAAUAAAGACAGAAAAAAUCGGCCAAUGCAGCAGGAAGAUGAGUAUCGGAUUCAGAUGGAGCUCAAUCGUUACUUGAGAAAAGAAACUUUGCCAGUAGGCACACAGUCUGAUCUGAGUUUUUAUGAAGCUGGGGCAGGUAGAACUCCUUCAAGUCGUGAAGAAGAAGUUUUUUUCUCAAUGGCUGACAUGGAGAUGUCUCACAGUCUUUCUUCGUUGCCACCUCUUGGAGAACCACCAACUAUGGAUUUAGAUCUUUCUUUAACUAGUACAUAUACUGCUACCCCAGCAGGAUCUCCACUUGGUGCUGCAGUGCAGUCAACAUGGGGAGAAUUUGAUCAAAACAAGCAGGAACUUCCACAGUUAAGAAGUGCAUCAUUUACACCUAACACUGAUCAUUCAGUUCCACUACGAAGGACUUCUCUUCCAUCCAGAUCUAUUUCAGUGGAUGAGUCAAAACCUGAACUUCUUUUUAGACUAGUAGUGGGUGCUUUCUCGGUGUCCGUGCUCCAUAUUGAUCCUUUACCACCACCUGAAACUUCACUAAACAUUAGCCCGCUAACAUCAAUGGCACAGGAUUUUUUUACCCAGAUAGAAAAAGUUGAUCCAGCUCAGAUUCCCACAGAAGAUUUUUUGUUGCUCCGAAAAGUAUUUGCAAAGGCUUGUUCACAUGACCAUCUUCGCUUUAUAGGUUCAGGCCUCAAAGUGUCCUAUGAGCAGCGACAAAGAUCAUCUUCUCAUUGUUUGAAUACAGACUUAUCUAUUGGACAGAUGGAACUUCUGGAAUGCCUAUUUUCUACAGACUCCCAUUCCCAUAUUCCUCACUAUACAGAGCUCCUUAAGUUUAACUCUGAAAAGCAAGAAAACAAGUUACAUUCCCCCUCAUGCCUUCAACUUCAUUACAAGCACUUGGACAACAAAGGGCCUCAGGGUAGCCAGGGGAGGCUGAGUUCUGUUCCCCAGAAAGCAGAUUUACAAAUCAAGCUGAGUCCAGCAUUCUGUGAAUUGGAUAUUAGCAUCGUAGACAGACUAAAUUCAUUGCUUCAACCACAAAAGCUAACCACAGUGGAAACUAUGGCAUCCCACAUGUACACUUCUUACAACAAACAUAUUAGCCUGCACAAGGCAUUUGCUGAAGUUUUUCUGGAUGAUUCACGUACUCCCACUAAUUGCAAAGUAUCAGUUCAAGUGACUGCACCAGCCCUGAAGCUUUCAGUUCGCUUCCCAAUACCUGACCUACGAUCAGAUCCAGAACGAGGACCAUGGUUUAAAAAAUCACUUCAGAAGGAAAUUCUUCAAUUAGAAUUCUCAGACACAGAACUUAAAACAGAAUUUAUUGGAGGACCAUCUUCAGAGGAAAUUCAAAUAGAGCUCACUUUUAAAGAACUAACUGGAUCAUUUGAAGAGAACAAAGAUCAAUCUGCUACACAGUUUUUUAAAGUUUCCAGUGGUGUUCUUGGAGAAAUGGUUUCAUCAGACAAUUUUGACUGGCCACGGAUUGUACUGAAAAUAAACCCACUUGCUGUACACUCCAUUUUGGAAAGAAUGGCUCCAGAGGAAGAGGAGGAAAUUGAUGGUCAUUUUCAUGAGGAAGAAGAAGGAGGAUGUCAAUCCCUGAAGGAGCUAUGCGAUCUUAGAAGACCAGAACCAUCUCCCUUUUCCUCUCGUAGAGUAAUGUUUGAGAAUGAAGAGAUGGUGAUGCCAGGAGAUGCAGUGGAGAUGACUGAGUUUCAAGAUAAAGCAAUCAGCAAUUCCCAUUAUGUGCUAGAACUCAUGUUGCCAAAUGUUUAUUUAACAUUACCAAACAAGAGUUUUUAUGAGAAACUUUACAAUAGGAUUAGCAAUGAUCUUCUAUUAUGGGAACCCACAGCUCCCUCUCCAGUAGAAACAUUUGAGAAUAUUUCAUACGGUGUUGGGAUUUCAGUCGCUAGCCAGCUGAUCAACACGUUUAGUAAAGACAGUUUUAGCCAGUUCAGGUCUACUAUUCAUUAUGAUGAUGAGAGUGGAUCUGAGGAGGAAACAUUACAAUAUUUCUCCACUCUUGAUUCCAAUUAUUGUUCCCGGAGAAGGAAAAAAAACGAAUUGCAAAACAGAAGCACACAGAAUUUUCUUUCACUUCUUUUAAAUAUAAACCAUGGAUUAUUGUCAAUAUUCACAGAUAUUAAGCAGGAUGAUGGAAGAGUAUUUGAAGACAAACAUGGAGAAUUUUGGUUUGAAUUUUGUAACGGUUCUUUAUUUUGUGUAACGAAGUAUGAAGGUUUUGAAGACAAACAUUAUAUAUGUCUCCAUUCUAAUAGUCUCAACUUAUAUCAUCAAGGAGUGGUAGAAGAGACUGUGUCUCUGUCUGAAAUAAAACUGCCAAGUGCAACACAUCCACAUUGGCUAGAACCUACUAUUUAUUUUUCGGAAGAAGAAGGUCCUAACACAGCUUUUUCGGAUGGUGUAGGAGCAGAAUGUUUAAGUAUGUUGUCAGUUGCCGUUAAAAUACAGUCAAAUAAAUCAGAAACAAAUACAAAGGAGUUUUUAGUUGCAGUUGGGUUAAGAGGUGCCACUCUGCAGCAUAGAGUACUUCCUUCUGGUUUAAGCUGGCAUGAACAGAUUUUGUAUUUUUUGAAUAUUUCUGAUGAACCUGUAUUGGGAUAUAAUCCUCCAGCCUCCGUUACAACAUUUCACGUCCAUCUCUGGAGUUGUGCUCUGAAUUACAAGCCUUUAUUUUUACCAACUAGAUGUCUUCUUAUUGUUGAAACAUUUAGCAUUUCAAGUAGCAUGGCACUGGAUAAAUCAUCUUCUACUCUCAGGAUAAUCUUGGAUGAGGCUGCUUUGCAUUUAUCUGACAAAAUUAAUGCUACUGUGAAUCUCCAAAAAGAUUACGUUCAAGUUAUGGAUAUGGGACUGUUGGAAUUGACCAUAAAGACAGUGAAAUCUGAAUCUGGUGAAGAGAGGAGCAAUCCAUAUUUUGAACUACAUUGUUCUAGUGAUGUUAUCCACAUUCGAACAUGCUCAGAUUCAUGUGCUGCGUUGAUGAAUCUUAUACAAUAUAUUGCAAGUUAUGGUGAUUUGAAUCCUCCUGCUAAAAUGGAGUGUACUUCUGGAGUGACCAAACAGAACGUGAAGACAGAUCCUUCUACUUGGCCACCUUCCCAAGGCCCAGUUCUUGCUGAAGCUGAUCAACAAAUUUUACGUGAUUUAAUGAGUGAUGCUAUGGAAGAGAUCGAAACCCAGCAGCUGCUUUCCCCCUCUAACCUACAAGCUAAUGGAAGCAUGGAUGAAAAGAGUCAAACCCCAGCACCAGCAUGUUCAGAUCUUUUCCUGUUUCCUGAUGAAAGUGGGAAUCUCUCCCAAGAGCCAAGUCCCACCUAUGCAUCAUUUACUCCCAACAUGAUUAAGGAAGUUAUAGGAGAUGCACCUUCUGAAAAUGAUGACUUCUGUAUUCUUUUUGCACCAAAAGCAGUUAUUUCUGAUAAGGAAGAAGAGCCAGUAGUGAAAACAAUGGUUGAAGAUGCUAUAAUAAUAAAAGAAAACCAUUUUAGUUUACCAGUGAAAAAGGCAGAUACAAGCAAGACGCCACUUCAUUUUCCUGUUCCCCUCAUGCGCUAUGUUGUAAAAGAAAUUUCACUCAUUUGGCAUCUUUAUGGAGGAAAAGAUUUUGGGAACAUAACACCUACAUCUCCAGCUAAAAGUUAUAUUAGUCCUCAGAGUUCUCCUUCUCACACCCCAACAAGACAUGGACGUAGUGCUGCCUGUGGAGGAAAAGGAAGGAACCCUGACUUUUUGAUAGAAAUACAGUUAAGCAAGGUGAAAUUCCAACAUGAGGUAUAUCCCUCAGGUGAACCAGAAUGUGAACUCAGCAUAUUGGAACAACCUGUAUCUCGUCAAAUAUUUAUGGUUCAAGAUCUUGAAAUCAGAGAUCGCUUGGCUACAUCUCAAAUGAAUAAAUUUCUUUAUCUUUACUGUAGUAAGGAGAUGCCUAGAAAGGCACAUUCUAACAUGUUGACAGUUAAGGCGUUGCAUGUUCGUCCUGAGUCUGGCAGAUCACCACAAGAAUGUUGUUUACGAGUAUCUUUAAUGCCACUUCGUCUCAACAUUGACCAGGAUGCCUUGUUUUUCUUGAAGGAUUUUUUCACUAGCCUAUCGACAGAAGUAGAAGUCCUAAUGACUCCAGAUCCUGAGGUUAAAAAGCCUCCUGGUCCUGAAGUAACAUGUAUUUUGCCCAGGCAUCAGAGUGGUUUGAAAGAACCAAAUCCAGUCAUUUCUAUUUCAUUACAUAAGCAAUCAAGUCAGAAUGGAAGUGUUGAUUCUGUGGAUAUGCUCAAUGGAGAUGACCAUAAUCUCUCACAUGAAGAAGCAUCAUUCAGUGAUCAGCCAGUAUUUUUCAGAGAGUUUCGAUUUACUUCAGAAGUCCCGAUACGUCUUGAUUAUCAUGGUAAACAUGUGUCUAUGGAUCAGGGUACAUUGGCUGGGAUUCUGAUUGGUCUCGCUCAGUUAAAUUGCUCAGAAUUAAAACUGAAGAGACUUUGUUAUCGACAUGGGUUGCUGGGUGUGGAUAAGCUGUUUUCUUAUGCCUUAUCUGAAUGGCUUAAUGACAUCAGAAAGAACCAACUACCAGGUAUUCUUGGAGGUGUUGGGCCAAUUCAUUCAUUCAUUCAACUAGUUCAGGGCCUAAAAGAUUUGGUGUGGUUACCAAUAGAGCAAUACCGAAAAGAUGGCCGUAUUGUGAGAGGCUUCCAGAGAGGAGCAGCUUCUUUUGGUACAUGUACUGCAAUGGCAGCAUUAGAACUGACAAAUAGAAUGGUUCAGACCAUACAGGCAGCUGCCGAAACAGCUUAUGACAUGGUUUCCCCUGGGCCUAGUUUAAAUGACACAAAGAAGAUCAAACGACUUUCUCGUCGUCUAGCUUACCAGCCUGUAGAUCUUCGUGAGGGUGUGGCAAAAGCAUACAGUGUUGUAAAAGAGGGGAUUACAGAUACGGCACAUACAAUUUAUGAAACUGCUACACGUGAACAUGAAAACAGAGGGGUAACUGGAGCAGUAGGAGGAGUUCUCCGCCAGAUUCCGCCAACUGUAGUUAAACCGCUAAUAGUUGCAACAGAAGCAACAUCAAAUGUUUUAGGAGGCAUGAGGAAUCAGAUAAGGCCUGAUGUACGUCAGGAGGAAUCUCAGAAGUGGCGUCUUGAAGAGGAUUAAUAUGUUAAAUAUAUUUGAUAUGCAGAGAUUGGGAAUCUGGAAGAAACAAUUUCCUCAUGGUAAUUUAGGAUGGGGACAUAUCUUUUCCAUAUGCUCAUCUCAGGAAUUUAAAAAGCGCAUAAACAUAUUUGAUGUCAAAAACUGGAUUAUUCAUAGAGAAAAGCAAGUUUGGUAUUUUAGUCAUUUGCAUAAUGCAUGUUCCCAGUACCUGCUGGUCAGUGCCAAACAAGGUCAUCAUGUGUUGCCAAAUCCAUAGUGGGUUGGUUUGUGACCAGGUACCAUAUUUUCCUCAAUGUUUUGUGUUGGAAUCUUUAAUUUUUCCUUUGAAACAACGUCCCAUCAGCUACUCUGAGUGUACAUGUAAGUUUUAAAAGAUUCCCAAGCUUAGGGGUGUAUCAGUUCCCUUCUGUAACAGGGUAGAAUUUGACACGAGAGGGGUCAUUUCAGGAUAUUAAAAAUUGAAUUUUCAAAUAUUUUUGGAUUGUUACUUUGCCUUUCAUGCAGCACUUAAGAAAGAGGACAAUCUGUCUUGAUACCUUCUUGAUAUCAGAAUGUCAUUUUCAUAUAAUUGUGAAGAUUAAUUAUGUUGACUACAUACUGAAUUCCUCCUUUUGUGGAGAUCCGAGCAAUCUGAACGUUGCAGACAUGUUCUGUUGUUUUGCACUUUAAAGAAUUUAGCCUGUACAUUGCUUUUUUUAAAUAGUUAAUAAAAUGAACUUUGUGGUUUAUCUUAAUAUGAGUUCAGCAUUUAUGAAAGUUAUUAUUUAUAAGACAAAAUACUACAUGAUUGUCAAUGACAAUAAAAAUGGAUUAUGGUGCUUAAAAGUAUUCAGGUUUGCUGUGUAGCAACAAAGAUUGCAAGAUAUAUGCACUUGCACUUACAUACAAAUAGCAACUAUAAAAGAAGAGUGGUUUCUUGAAAUAAAAGUACUGGUAAUUGUAUAAGUUAGUAUGGAUUUUUGUUUCAACUUAAAAACCUUUGCGUGUUACAUGUUUACCCUAUACUUUCCUUCAAUUUUCUCUAUAAGAAUAUUAAUUUCAUAUGAUUUUAAAAUAUACUGCUUCUUUCCUAAUGGUUUCUUUAAUAGUUUUGUCUUCAAAUGCUACUUUUUUCUAAGUCCAUCCCAAUAAGACAGCCAAUCUGUGCAGAGUUCAGUAAUAAUAUAUAUGCAGAAAAGAUGCGGCUAUAGAUUCCUGAUAUGAAAAAACAGAAAAACCACCCAAACCUUUGCAUUGAUGAAAAAUGCAGCUAUCUCUUCCCAACAAAAUUUCCACUAUUUAUUAAUUUAAGUAUUUGGAAAAUAAAUAAGCUGUGUUCAAACAAGCUAUUUGUAAGUUUAAUGAACUUUAAAAAUCCUACUAGCUGGAGGUAGCCAAACAGUAUGUUUUUAUGCAUGUACUAUAGAGAGAAAUUGUCAGUAUCUUGCAAUUCUGGUGGAUUUACAUGCUAAUAGAAUAAAGAAUGCCAUGAAAUCUUGGGCAUGAGUAAAUUUAGCAAAACAGUAAUAUAAAAGUCAAGUGUGUUAAUAGGAAAAUUGCAUACUAACCUGCUAUCCUCUUCAACCAAUAUUUAUAUUUAUGACAUUAGUCAUAAUAACUAAUCCUAAGACAUUUGGCACCUGCCCUUAGAGGAAUUCUUAUGAGUUCAAAAUAUUGCCUGAUAGUCAUACAAGGUUGUGAUAAUCUAAGUUGGAUUCUAAAAGUCCUUUAUAAAAUUAUUUAAUAUCAAUUGAUAAUUCUCUUUCCUAGUGAUUGUAAGAUCAGCAAAAACACCAAACUAUAAAGCAGUAUGUUUUAUAAGAGUUAGGUUAUAAACACUAUAUGUGUGCUAAGUGUAUUGCAGAGAGCAUCUACUAUUAAUAGCAAUUUAGCUAGGGGGCCAUGACCUAUUGCAACUUAAGAUGAAAUGUAAAGAAGGAUGAGUUAACUAACUUUAACUAGGAAUAAAUCAAAACCUUAAUGGUUAUUUCAAAAAAAGCAUUUUUCUUGGUGAAUUUCCAAAACCAUAUUGUAACUACUAAUUAUUCUUUUAUAAUAAAAAUAAUGAUGUCCUAUUUGUUAAUUGCCCUUUAAGAAUAGGACUAAAUCAUAUUAUAUUUGCUGAAUGAGUGAGAUGAACCAGGUCACAAUAAUCCUGACUUCCUGAUGUUGCACUUUUGGGGAGCUGGAGGCAUCUGCUUAUAGUCAAGCAAGCAGUUAUAUUCUUCUCAUUGCUCAACACUGGCUGUCCAGAAAUUUAAAUGCAGGACAAGUAGACAUGCUUUUGUCCCCUUUAUCUUCUGUGCAUUGGCAUUUUCUUUUCCAAUUUUUAUUAGCUCUUUAUUUGGCUUCUUAGUUCCAGUAUUAAACAAGCAAACAAAACAAUCCAAUCUUUACUUUUUAAAUAUGUAUGCUAUAUAGAAAUUUCUCACUAUUUUGCAGUGGUCAUAUCUCUAAAAGUAACAAUACAAAUAAGAGUAUGGUAUGCUUUUGAUUGCUUUGUUCUGAGUCAUUCAUGAUUGUUGUAGAUUAUUUCAUUAAAUUUAUUAUAGGUGCCCACUUGAAUAGACACUGGUGGUUUACAAACAUGUAACACUGAUUAAAAUAAUCAAAACACA